AUGUCAUCUCACAAUAAGCUAUCCAGUUAAAACGUUAUCCAAAGUCCUGCACAGAGAUCUGAUGUCCUUGAACUCAGUGCCCUAAACAUAUCUGAGGAAGAUAUAAAUGAACUUGAUACAUCAGAAAACAUGAAUGAGAACACGAAAAUCAAGCCAAUCGAAGACUUUGAGUAAUUUAAAAAGCAAUUCAAUCUGAGGGAAAUCUUAGAUAGACUUGUCAUCAAAAGGGAAUUCUUCAUUCCUUCAAAAGCAAUGGAUAUCAAUUAAUUCUAUGUUCUUGAAAAGGAAAUCGGCGAGGGAGCAUAUGGCAAAGAUCAUCCUAACGUUAUCAAGCUCUAUGAGAUUUAUGAAGAUGACUAAAAUGUAUAUCUUGUUCAAGAGGUCUGCACUGGUGGCGAGUUAUUUGAUAAAAUUGUUGAAGAAAAUCAUUUCACUGAGACUAAAGCUGCUAUUGUAUUCAAGCAAAUUCUAUAAUCUAUUUUGUAUACUCACAAAAAUAAUAUUGUGCACAGAGAUCUUAAACCUGAAAAUUUCCUAUUUGAAAAUAAAAAUGAAAACUCCCUUAUCAAGUUAAUUGAUUUCGGACUUUCAACUUCAUAUCUAGAGAGCAUUGAAGGUGAAGGUGGAAAGUCUAAGAAAGUACUCGCAAAGCUCAAAACUUGUGCUGGAACAUCAUUAUACAUGGCACCAGAAGUAAUAAUGAAGUAAUAUUCUUACUCAUGCGAUUUAUGGUCUGCUGGAGUAAUUUUGUACAUUAUGCUCGCUGGUUACCCACCUUUUUACGGCGACAACGAUAUAGAAGUGUUUGAGAAGGUUAUCAAUUACUAAUACGACUUCGAUGACGAAGUAUGGAACGAAGUUUCUGAUGAGGCUAAAGAUCUGAUAAAAAAUCUUUUGACUCAUCAAAGCAAAAGACUUGAUUCAAAAGCUGCUCUUGGUCAUCCAUGGAUCCUUAAGUAUGCAAGUGACAAUGAGCAGAGAGCAUCCUUGAAUGACAAUGUUAUCUAGAGAAUAGCAUCAUUUUCUAACGCCUCAAAAAUAUAAUAAAUAGCACUCACCUUUAUCGCUCACUAAAGUGAGGCUGAUGAAAUCUCCGAAAAUAAAAAGAUUUUCUUUAAUAUUGACAAGAAUAAUGAUGGGUACAUUACUUUGAAAGAACUUAAGCAAGCUAUGAAGGGAAGGUUAUCAGAAGAUGAACUGUAAUCAAUAUUGAGAGCAGUUGACACUGAUAAGAAUGGAGCUAUCAAUUACACAGAGUUCAUCGCUGCUACAUUAAAAUCAGAUGUGUAUCUUAACAACAAAAAUAUUCAGAAUGCCUUUGAAAUGCUAGACAAAGAUGGCAAUGGAUACAUUGAAGAGAAAGAACUUGCAGAAAUUGUAGGAUUGUAGUUAGGAUAGAACCAAGAACUACUCAAGAAACUAAUGUCAGAAGUUGACGACAACGGUGAUAAUAAGAUUAGUUUUAAUGAGUUCAAGAGAAUGCUAUCUCUUCUCUAAGAUAAAAAUUAUCAAAGCCCUAAUUGA